GAGAGAGAGAGACGGCUGCAGCGUGGCCACCAACAGGACGGGAUUAAAAAUAAAUAUAUAAAUAAAAAAAAAUACCCACAACGACCAACAUCACCUGCGGAGAGAAACACCGCUGCUUACGCUGGAUAUCCCCGGUGGCUUUGGACACACACACUCAUACACACACACAUACAUACACUCCACGAUCCCGCGUGAUAUACGAGAAGUGGAAGGAAAUCCUGGAGUGUCUCUCUCCUGCUAUAUUGUCACAGGAGGAAGGAGGGGGGCCCCCAGAUCUGUCCCUCUGUGGAGGACGGGACCUUUGAAGCUGGAAGCAACAACAAUGGACUGCGCUUCCACUGGGAACUCACACUUGGAGCCUCGCCGUACACACUCAGGGGAUUGUAGCGCUUCUAACCCAGCCGACAUUUGUGUGUGUGCUUGUUAAACAGUGUUUACCGUGUCGGGGUGUUUGGUGGGAGCCCGCGAUGCCCGCGAGGAACAGGUACAACCUGGUGGACGAUGUGGCGGACUCGAGGGUGCCGCUUCACAAUGAGGAGGCUUACCAGCAUGGGAUUUCUUUCCAAGCCAAGUAUGUGGGAAGUCUGGACGUGCCCAGGCCCAACAGCCGGAUGGAGAUCGUGGCAGCCAUGAGGAGGAUCCGGUUUGAAUUCAAGGCCAAGAACAUCAAGAAGAAGAAGGUCAGCAUUGUUGUGUCGGUGGACGGGGUCAAGGUGAUACUGAGGAAGAAACAGAAGAGAAAAGAAUGGACGUGGGAUGAGAGCAAGAUGCUGAUCAUGCAUGAUCCCAUUUACAGGAUUUUCUACGUGUCUCAUGACUCCCAGGACUUAAAGAUUUUCAGCUACAUCGCAAGAGAUGGGACCAAUAAUUCCUUCAGGUGUAAUGUCUUCAAAUCCAAGAAGAAGACACAGGCCAUGCGUAUUGUACGGACAGUAGGUCAAGCCUUUGAGGUGUGCCAUAAGCUCAGUCUGCAGCAUGCAGAGCAGGAUGCAGACGGACAGGCUGAUGGAGAGAGUGACAACUCCACAGAGGAGCCCAGCAGUCAUGCCCGUAAACUGACAGGAGCAGAGCGAGGGGAGGAGGACAGCAAACAAGGAGGAAGACGAGGAGGAGAAGAGCCGUCAGCCGGCACCUCACUGUGUGAAAAGGCAGUCAGUGAAAUUCUCCAGAGCCUGGCUGAGCUGAACGUGGUCAAACCUGGACAGACCAUCAUAGACUUUGAUCGAAGGUCCCUCUUCACUGUGAUAUCCCAAGGCAUUACUCCCAGCAGCCCUUGCUCUCCGUCUCUCACUCCGCUGGCAUCACAGCACUACCUGCAGCUUCUUCAGCAGCAGCUACAGCAGCAACAGCAGCACACACAGGUGGCCGUUGCACAGGUGCAGCUGCUGAAAGAUCAGAUGGCAGCAGAGACGGCUGCUCGUAUGGAGGCUCAGGCCCGUGUCCACCAGCUGCUGCUGCAGAACAGGGACUUACUGCAGCACCUGGCCCUGCUCGUGCAGCAGCUGAAAGAGCUGGAGGACCGCUCCCCAAAAACAUCACAAGCAGGGCAGCCACAACAGGAACCUCAAGCUAAUGGACACAAUGGCCAACAGUCUCCAUGCAGCUCAGUUUCUACAUCAGCAAAGGCUCUGUCUCUGAAUCUGAAGAAUCACUACAGCCAGACCCUGGACCAGCUCAUCACCUCCACGCCCGCAUGGCCGCUCCAAACCGCACCCCUCUCCCCGAGCCAGGUGGACUGUGCCGAGUCCUACCUGAACCUGCUCAACCUGGAAAACAGCAGCAAACCGGCUGCCUCAGUCAACGGAGACCUGGACCCCUUCAUCAGGGCCAACGGGAUAGCUGAUAACAAGGAGAGCUCCUGCAAUGAGGUCGUCCCGUUCACGUCGAGAAACUCCGCCAACAUGGAUGAAAAGUGUAAUCAGACAAUUCCCAAACUCGACCCUCCUCCACCCUCCAUGAACCGCAAACGGGCCAGCAGGACCUUGUCUCCAGGGUCAGACGUCACAUCUGCGCCCACGCCUGUAGAGGUCAUCACUAAUGAUGGGGCUCCCAGCCGCAGCAGCAGCCUCUCAUUCCCAGACAUCACCCCCAGCUCUCUGUCAUCCGCUGAUUUCCAUUCCCUCAGCAACGGCGAGAGCAGCUCCUGUUCGGCCAGCGAAGACUCGGGCGUCCGCUCGGAGACCAAGUCCCUGCUGUCGCCCCUGCGUGAUGACGAUGACCUGUUCGGGGACCGCGGGACGUUUUUAACAGCCUCUAGCAGCUGUGACAGUCCCCCCGAGGAGAGAAGUGAAGCAGUUCUCUCUCCCACUGAGUCAUAUCCCGCUGAGCCCCAAACCCUCACCACACAUUCGGACACUAAUGAGCACCAACUGCCCUUCUCCUCUCCUAUGAAUGACACCUGCCUUCACAUCAGUUUUUCUGAGGAUGAGCUGCUGGAGAACAACCAGGAAGACCCUAAUGUCCCACAGCGAAGUUAGGAGGAUGAGCUGAUGGUCCCCUUGAGACCUUUCACUAUGUUCUUCAAUCAGCUUUUAAUGCAAUACUUACUUUCAGAUGCUCUUAUGUUUGCACUGGGCUCCAUUUCAGGACCUUUAAUUAUUCCGUCCACUUGUGGCACAGUACAGACAUAGCAUAUACCAGUUACUGAAAAAUUAUCUAUUGUAUAAAUUAUUAGCCAAUGGACAGAUUUAGUAUUUUUGUAAUGAAAAUAAUGAUCUAAUUUACUUUUUAGUGACUAGAAUGUUAAGCCGAAUACAUGUAGCAAUUCUUGCACUGUUAAGUCACAUAAUUUACCGUAGAAUUCAAAGCCAAUGAGGGAACACGUUUUAUUUUUGCUAGUAGUCAACAUUAAAACAUUCUUUUGUAUGAUGCUUUGCUGUGGUGCAAACUUGUUGUGGAAAUACCAUUUUCUGCAGAUUUCACAGAGUGAUAUGCGACUAUCAUGCUUCCACAUAACGCUGGUGAUGUUGGGAAGAGCCUCGUCUUCUGCAAAGCACCUGACUGGACGAUGGGUGGAAAGAAAGGAACAAGAAAGUCAGAUAAAGGAAAAAGGGGAAGGAUAGAAGUGAGCAGAUUUAGUUAUUUGUUGGUUUAUACACAUCCACUUGUGGCUGUGUAUGUCUUUGUAUUAUCAGAGUUCAGUGGGAUUUAGAAUGUUUUUAUGCUACUUGUAUUUUGGGUUUUUCAGACAUGUAGGCCUCAAAGCAGCGCUGGAGAAAUUUAUGUAAAGGGAUUUUGCAUUCUGUAUUGCAUUUGAUUAGUUGUUUGGUCUACAAAAUGUCAGAAAAUGGUGAAAAAUGGUCCUGAAAGGUCUUCUUUUGUCCAGACCCACAGUCCAUCACUUAAAUAUAUUCUGUUUACUAUAAUAGAAAACAGAAAAUAUUUACAUCUGAGAAGCUGGAACCAGACAAUCUGGACAUUUUUCUCUUAAAGAAUGACUCAAAACGAUUUAUCGAUUAUCAGUAGUUGUUCAUUAAUGUAAUAGUUCAGCUCUUAUACAGUGAGCCAACAGCCAUGAAAGCUUUGGAUUACACCUGCCUGAUUUGAGGGUCUAUUAGGAAAAGAACCCUCACAUUCAAUAGGAGGAUCAUUAGUGAGUCAUUGGUCGGCUGAUGGAUUUUCUCUUUUCUGCCUCUCUCAGUGUGAAAUAAGGAAUGACCAUCAAUAAUUUAGAGUUCAGGGUAAAUUAGACUGACAUUGUUGCAUGCAUCAUAUGCAGUAUAUUGUGUUUUUGUGUGUGUAGCUUAAUCUAAAUGUAGGGGACAUUGUACAGUAUAUCAAUAUAAUAUAUUGCUAACACAACAUAUCAAUAAACAACAACUGCCAUUGUUCUCGAAUGUAGAAAACAACAAUAGAGAUUCAUCUGUUACCCUCGACAGAAAAUUCAAUUUUGAUAAUCGAUUCAUUGUUUAAUUUGCUAGUUUUUCAGAUUUUCUUUAAAUGACAGUUUCUUUGGGUUUUGGAUUCUUGGUCAGACAAAACAAUUUGAAAACAUCACCUUAGGCUUGUUUCAGGUGUUUCUCACUGUUUUCUGACAUUUUAUAGAUCACGCAAUUAAUGGAUUGAUUGAGACAAUAACCUGCGGAUGGAGUGAUAAUGAAAAUAAUCAUUAGUAAUCAUGUAGCUGUUCAGAUUUAUUUAUUCUUUUUACAUGCAUGUAGCAAGAUUCUACUGCGUUGUAAAUAUUGCUGUAUUCAAUGAAGCGUACUGUUGUAACCUAUGACAGGUAGAAGUGGUAAUAAAUGAACGCGAGAAGAAAAGCAGCUGAGGUGUGAGGAGAGCGAUGGUGUUAAGGUGCAGGUGUAAAACGCCCACAGGCAAAGCUUUUUACACCCUGAAACGAGGCUUUUCUCAACAUCACGUGACAGGGAGCUGUAACAGCAAUAACACAUGGAUGGAAAAAUAAUAAUAAAGAGGAAUAGUUGAAUAAAUUCACUUAUGUGUUCUUU